UAUUUGAGGAAUAGCCUGCAAUAAUGACACACACACUUCUAAAUAUUCAAAAACCUGGUAAUACGUGAAACUUGCACGCCUGAAGAUUAAACGACAAAAGAUGUAAACAUGGGGAAUAGUCUUCAGCAAUGGCGUGCUGCAAUAGGGACUUUCAGCAACCGAACAUCAUCGAAUAGGUGUACAUUAAAAUUCACAAGAUGUUGGUCAAGAAACGGGACAUCCGGAAAAUCAAUAAACCCACCACUAAAUAAAUCCCAGAGUCUGGGUGCGAGUCAAACAGGUAAACACAAACACCAUGAUGAACUAGACAAUUCUGACCAUGAGCCACCAACCGAGAAGUCAGUGUGGAAUCGGGGAUGGAUAAAGCGGUUAACAAUGCGAGAGGUUGGGUUGAAGAUAGCGCCUACCCUCCUUGUUAUCUCACUCAUCGCGUUGAUGAUUGGUGGGGUUGAACUAAAUCCCGGUCCGAGACCAGAUAAGCCCAUCGACGAACAGAUCGCAAAGGGACAGUCACAAACACCAGAGCCUACAGAUGUUCAACAAUCUAAUCCUUCUCAUACGAUUGAUAAGCCCAUCGACGAACAGAUCGCAAAGGGACAGUCACAAACACCAGAGCCUACAGAUGUUCAACAAUCUAAUCCUUCCCAUACGAUUGGAGAGAUCCCAGAAACUGAGGAUAGUAAGCUCAAGGUCGAAGAAGAUAAUCCUUUUGAAAAUGCUGUGAAAUCCAACAAAUUCCCUUCAGUUGAGUGCACACAAAGGAUGUACAAAAUUGGACAAGAACUAUGUAGAAAAGAUUGGAAAACUGCAGAUAUGGACGAAACAGAACUGGAGAAACAAAUCGAUUUAUUUCUUGAAUUAGCUGUUGAGUACAAAAGGUUAUUUAAAGAAACGACACAUAUUGAAGGCUGGUAUUUCGCUCGAUCUGCAGGUCUUCUAAAUGCAGCUCUGAAUUGUAUUGAGAGACUAAAGAAACUCAAAGAAGACCCCUUGACUGAGAUCGAGAAGGACUGUAAUGAAAUAUUGCAGGAAUUAGAAACGACGUUUUUGAAGAGGGUUAAGAAGCAGACUGAUAUCCCAACCGCAAAAGCGACAUUAAAGUAUCAAGAGGAAUUGAAGCAGUUGAGACAAUACUCUGAUUACACGAUCAAUUCUAUCGUCAAAGAUGACAUGAUAGUCAAUUUAGAAACAGUUGAAAUGACAGUAGAAGACGAGGAGCGAACAAUAAAAAACAGCAGAGCAUUUUAUAACGAACUUACCAACAAACUUGUGAGUUUUUAUAAGUUACUCAUAGAUGACUGUCUUAAUGUUUUGGGUACACCGAAUUGUAGGUUCUGUUUUGUAGGUCUAGGAUCGUUGGCAAGACAAGAGGCAACAGCAUAUUCAGAUCUCGAAUCUGCAAUAAUAUUCGACGACACUGAUAAAUCACUCGAAAUAAACCAGCUAAAGACUGAAUUUAGGCUCAUCGUGCAUUAUUUGCACUUUAAGAUACUCAACCUGGGCGAGACUGUCAUUCCAAGUUUAAGCAUUCCAGUGUUGAACGACUUUAACAAGGAACUGGCGGGAGAAUUAUCGGAAAACAAAUUCUUUGAUUCAAUUUCUCCCCAAGGAUUGUGUUUUGACGGAAACAUGCCAUGGGCGAGUAAAACUCCGAUUGGCCGUAGCACUACACAAAAUAAACCUGCAAGAGAGUUGAUUAUGACCCCAGACGAGAUGUCUGAAUACCAAAAAGAAGACGUUUGUUUAAAAGAAGGCUAUCACUUGAGCGAUGUUCUCAUGACAACUAUCCUGAUAUAUGGAGACAGAGAUGUACACGAUAGAUAUAAAUCGAAACUUGGAGACAUCCUGAAAUCGCCUUCAGGACAAUUCCCAGAUGAAAGCGUAGGUGUCGCCAGGGCAACCGAAACACUUAAAGACGAUUUGAAAAAAUAUGCAGAGAAUCCUCUUACGCCAGAAACAUUCAGUAAGCAAGUACAUGUUAAGAAAGACAUAUACAGAUUUGCCACGAUUUCUGUUAAUUCACUAAAGCUAAAGUAUGACUGUGUCGCCCAGUCCCCUCUUGAUGUUCUGGAUGAGUUAUGCGAUCGGAAAAUAUUGAAGGAGCGUGCCAAGAUGGACCUUCAGGUAAUGGUCUGUUCGUGUAUUAAUCUACGUCACUUAACUUACAAUAAAUAUACGAGACAAAAGGAGUUCGUUUCGUUCAUAUCGAGACCUCCCGAGCAGGAAAGUUCAACGGACUCAAAGGAAUCGCUAUCUGUUCGGGAUUAUAGUGCAAUAUACCGCUUUUUCAUGACAUUCAUACCCUGGGCAGAGUUCUUAAAAUCGGCAAUAAACAGCAAAACCGGAGAUUGGAAGUUUUUACCCAGGUAUAUAGAAAGUAGUGAACGGACAAAGGGAAUGCUGCAUAAAGAAAUGAACUUUUUUGAAAAUGCUUUAUUGGCUUUCAAAAAAGAAGAGGCGCAAAUAAUGAAUUCCGAUCACGAGGUCGACCAAGAGCCACUUGCUGAAAUUCAGGCAAGCAUAGGAUCGCUUUAUAAAACAAACUCAAUGUAUCAAGAUGCUCUAACGUACUAUACUAAAGCAUUGGAUUUGGAGAUGUGUAUACAUAAUGACCAAUACCACCUGCACGUUGCAACAGUACUGGACAACAUAGGCGAAAUAUACUGGUCAAUAGGAAAUUACGAAAACGCAAUCAAAUAUCACCAGGUCGCUCUAAAAAUAUUUAAAACAUUGUGUGAGUCUGAUCUAUUUGACUGUAAUGUUGCAAAGUCACUAUUGAAUUUAGGUUUGGCACAUAUUCGACUUGGUCACGACACAGUUGCUCUAUCAAUUUUCGAAGAAAGUAAGCUUAUUUACGAAAAUGUAUUUGGUGCGAAAGCUAAUCGAGAUUAUGCGGAGUUAUUAGAGGAUAUUGGAAUUGUAUUCAGCGCACAAAAUGACUUAAAACUGGCAUCGUCAUAUUAUUUUGCAAGUUAUUCUAUGAGGAGAAAAAUCUGGAUUCAUGUUCCACAUGCUGAUAUUGCCACAUCACUGAGUAACAUUGCUGAUGUGUAUUCUCAGCAAGGUGAUCUCUCCAAUGCCAUGUCUUACCAUAAUGAUGCUCUUGCAAUGAGGAGACAGGUCUAUGGAGACAAACCUCAUGCUGAUAUUGCCGCAUCAAUGAGUAACAUUGGUAGUGUGUAUUAUCAGCAAGGUGACCUCACCAAUGCCAUGUCUUACGCUAUUGAUGAUCUUGCAAUGUAUGGACAGGUCUAUGGAGAUAAGCCUCAUGCUGAUAUUGCCACAUCACUGAGUAACAUUGGUAGUGUGUAUUAUAGGCAAGGUGAUCUCUCCAAUGCCAUGUCUUACCAUAAUGAUGCUCUUGCAAUGAGAAGACAGGUAUAUGGAGACAAACCUCAUGCUGAUAUUGCCACAUCAAUGAAUAACAUUGGUAGUGUGUAUUCUCAUCAAGGUGAUCUCACCAAUGCCAUGUCUUACUACAAUGAUGCUCUUGUAAUGAGAAGACGGGUAUAUGGAGACAAGCCUCAUGCUCAUAUUGCCACAUCAAUGAACGAGAUUGGUGUUGUGUAUUCUCAUCAAGGUGAUCUCUCCAAUGCCAUGUCUUACCAUAAUGAUGCUCUUGCAAUGAGAAGACAGGUAUAUGGGGACAAGCCUCAUGCUGAUAUUGCCACAUCAAUGAACAACAUUGGUGUUGUGUAUUCUCAGCAAGGUGAUCUCACCAAUGCCCUGUCUUACUACAAUGAUGCUCUUGCAAUGUGGAGACAGGUCUAUGGAGACAAGCCUCAUGCUAAUAUUGCCACAUCAAUGGAUAACAUUGGUAAUGUGUAUUAUGAGCAAGGUGACCUCACCAAUGCCAUGUCUUACGCUACUGAUACUCUUGCAAUGAGAAGACAGGUCUUUGGAGACAAGCCUCAUGCUCAUAUUGCCACAUCCCUGAAUAACAUUGGUCAUGUGUAUUAUCAGCAAGGUGAUCUCACCAAUGCCAUGUCUUACCAUACUGAUGCUCUUACAAUGAGAAGACAGGUAUAUGAAGACAAGCCUCAUGCUGAUAUUGCCAAAUCAAUGAACGAGAUUGCUGUUGUGUAUUCUAAGCAAGGUGAUCUCACCAAUGCCAUGUCUUACCAUAAUGAUGCUCUUACAAUGAGAAGACAGGUAUAUGGAGACAAGCCUCAUGCUGAUAUUGCCACAUCAUUGUACGAGAUUGGUGUUGUGUAUUCAAAGAAAGGUGACUUUAACAAUGCCUUGCAAUACUUCACCGAAUGUCUUAAAAUGGAGAGGUUAUUGUACAAUAACAAGCCUCAUAAUGAUAUCACUUUAACAUUGGACGAAAUCGCGAAUGUGUAUUUCAAACAAGGCGACAUCGUCAACUGUAGAAAAUAUUUCAAGGAAAGUAGGGAGAUGAAGGAAAAACUCAAGUAGAAUACCAUUACCAGGAAAUAAAGAUACCUUGAUGUAAAACAUAUAUAUAAUGUAUUCAGAAUAUGUUGUUUUUAGAUUUGUGAUAGUGAAUUUUGACAGAGACGUAAUAAACAAACGAAUACGCAGUGAAAAUAGGAAUAAUAUAAUCCGAACACACCAUUGGUAGAGAAUGAGAAAAACAUGAAUAAAUGACCAUGUGGAUCAAAUAUUUUCAUUCACAAAACAAAAAAGGUAAAUACUUUUGAAUUUAUUUAAACUCACGUUA